AUGAAUCCCGAAUCCCUCCUCCGCCCGCACCCUCUCCCAACCCACACUCCCAAAUGCACCGCCGGCUGCCCGAUCCUCGACGGUUUCCUCCACGGCGGAAUCCCCUGCAAUUCCAUCACCGAAAUCGUAGCCGAAAGCGGCUGCGGCAAGACCCAACUCUCCCUCCAACUCCUCCUCACCGCCCAACUCCCAAUUGCCCUAGGCGGCCUCUCCGCCUCCUCCCUUUACCUCCACUCCGAGUUCCCUUUCCCCUUCCGCCGCCUCCAGCAGCUCGCCUUCUCCCACCCCAGUCUCCGUAAUCCGCUCGAUAACAUCCUUAUUCAUCCUCUGCAUUCUGCAGAUCACCUGCUCGAUUUAUUGUCCCGCAUAGAUUCUGCCCUCAUAAAGCCUCCCCCUCAGACCCGUUUCCCGAUUAAACUUAUUGUGAUUGAUUCGAUUGCUGCUUUGUUUCGUUCUGAAUUCGAUAAUAACCCGAGUGAUUUGAAGAGGCGGUCGGGUUUGUUCUUCAAGAUUUCGAGCAAGUUGAAGGCACAGGCCAGGCGGUUUGGGUUGGCUGUUGUGGUGACUAAUCAGGUUACUGAUAAUGUAAGUUCUUCAGAUGGUAUGAGGAUUGGGAAUUCGGGUUGGCUGUAUUCCUCAGGUCGGAAGGUUUGUGCUGCUCUCGGGUUAUCGUGGGCGAAUUGUGUGAAUACGAGGCUGUUCUUAUCUAGAAAUGAUGAAAUCAUUGGAGAGGAUGAUGGUGAUAUUCUGUCUACAAGAACCAGGAGGUAUAUCAGUGUCGUUUUUGCACCUCAUUUACCCAAGUCAUCUUGUGAGUAUGUCGUCUUGAGAGAAGGCCUAUUCGGGGUAAAUAACUCGGGCGCCAUAGUUGUCCAGCAGAAUGAGCUGUAG